GGGCAGUCAUGGAUAGCAAGAUUGCAAGUACUCUCCUGAUUCUUGCUUUUAUGGGCUUCUUUCCUGAGAUGAUGCUCACAGCAGAGCUGCGCUGUCACUGCAUCCAGACGGCCAAAGGAUUAAUGUCACCGAAGCAUGUGGCCAACAUAGAAAUCAUUCCUAAGGGCCCGCACUGCCACACAGUGGAAAUCAUAGCAACAUUGAAGAACAACCAGCAGAUCUGUUUAGAUCCCCAGGCCAAAUGGGUGAAGAUGAUAAUCAACAAGAUUUUACACAGUUCACCCAACAAAUGACAUGAGGAAAGAAAACAGAGGCAUCUCUGCAAACAAGCCAAAGCUGCAUCAAAAUGCUAUUAACCUUUAAGU